AUGUUGUUAAAUACAUAUGAUGCUACAGAUGACAGACCGAGGGUUACGUUCUUCAAAGAACUACGCAAGGAACUUUGCAGCGCUUGGAAGAUGGCGUUGAUCCUAAAGUACCUUGGUAAGUCGAUCCACUUUAAUGCGUUAAACCAUCUACUGCCUACUCUAUGGAAUUUACAGGGAAAGAUGACUCUCAUUGACAUCGGACACGGCUGCUUUAUUGCACGUUUUGAUAAUAAGAAUGACUACCUCCAUGCUCUCUUGGAUGGUCCGUGGAAGCUGUUUGACAAUUACCUUGUGACUCAGCGGUGGGAACCUGAAUUCAGAUCUCGUACGGCUAAGCUCCAUAAGAUGGCGGUCUGGGUCAGACUGCCAGACCUACCUAUGGAGUAUUUUAGAGACGACACAAUCCGUAGCAUUUUGGAGAGCAUUGGGAAACCGCUGAAACUGGACAAAACGACGACCAUCGCGGCCAAGGGGCGUUUCGCCAGAGCAGCAGUAGAAGUCGACCUCAACAAACCUCUAGUCUCCGAAGUGUGGGUUCAAGAUGCCGUUCAGUUGGUGGAAUAUGAAGGAUUGCAUGUUGUCUAUUUUAACUAUGGCCUAGUAGGCCACCGAGAACAAGCUUGCCCGGAUGUCAAACCGCCGGAGACACAACCAUCAAACGUUGAUUUGAACAAAACACCGACACCGGAAAGCGAAGGCACGCAACAGCAAGUUAAUCCAACUCCAUCCGCCGCGACAGUAACUGACAAACGUCGAUAUGGCUUACAAAUGCCAUUCUACUUUUAA